CGCGCCUGUGGCCACGCCUCCAGGCCUCGAACGAAUGGCUGAUGAAAUUCCCGGGCAGUUUUCUGGAUCUGCUACAUCCCAGGACAUCCAGAACAAUAGCCUGCCACCUGGCAGCUCUACGGCAUUCAGCCGCCGAGAGCAAGGAGAGAAUAGGAUAAAGUCGGAUGAAACUGCUGAGAGAGAGGGAUGCACUAGCGAAAAGCAGGAGCUGGUUUCACUUGGUGGGCGUGGAACCGGCGUAGGUGGACUAAGCAGCGUGCAAAGUUCUGUUGGUGUUUCUUCUGCAUCCGGUGUACAUACUCAUGUUGAGACGCAUAGAGGGAAACAGGCGGGGAGCAGGGAGGAGGGGGUUGUACAGGAUGGGUUUGUGACAAGGUCGGGUGGAACAACAUACGCACAAGUUUCCGGGGGGGGAUACUUUUCAGAACUUUCGGCAGACGGUAUUGGCGGAAGUCGUGGCGAUGGAGCAGCGACCGGGGAGGAGGAGGUCUCCGUACUAGGGACGCGGUCUCUACCCCAUGGCACGAGCAAGGAGGGAACGCCAGUUCUAUGUGUAUCGCUGCAAGCAGAAGCCGGUGCGAGUACACACAAACUGACUAUGGAAGGUGUAGGUGAUGCAGGCGUUGCUGGUGAAGCAACUAUGCUCUCGAGGUCAUGGCAUCUGGGCAUGCGGUGGCCUUCAUUGGGUGCACCUAUCGUCAGAAGCGAUGGCGGGGAGAAGAAGAGGGAGGCGGGACAGCAGGGGUGGUAUGGGCUUUAUGAGAGCCUGGGAACGAGCUCCUCCUCCUUCUUGUCCAGUCUCACCCCUUCGCUGCUGGCGGGGGUGUCGACCGGGGCUGCUGGCACCUCAGCAUCUGCCCUGGGCAGGCAACGGGUUUUAUUUGUCGAUAGCCGCUGUCAAGUGUUGGAAGACGAAACGGAGAGCUUGCUGUUGGAGUCAGAGCUUGAUGAGCUGCAGAUGAUCCUCUCGGCACCAGUUCCACGGGAGUUUGGUUUGGCGCAAGCCUGUCAUCGAUGCGGUCGAGUGAAGGGAGAAGGUGGGUGGUUUGGAGGCGAAGGCCAUGAGACGGUGCCAAGGUCGUUAAGACCGUCCGCAACACAGUGUUCCCCAGAAGAGGCUGCAUCGACCAACGACAUGGCAGAUGGAAAUAGGAAGAACUCCGAUGUCGUCUGCGUUUGUGAUCAGGCUGAGAAACGCGUUUGGUCGGCCAAGGAGGCUCUCACGAAAAGUGGAGAAGGUAUGAGCGCAGGGAACAGAGAUGUCACGGCUCACGAAUGCAGCGGUGAUGGAAAAAGCGAGAGUGGGAGGUCAUGUGGUGGCAGCUGCAGUUCGCCGACGGAUGGGAGCUCAUUGAAAACAUCCAUACUGAGUAACCCUCAGAUACCCACAGUCGUCACAGCCACUGUGGUUGGCGCCCUUGUUGGCGGGGCAGUCGGAGGUCCAGUUGGGGCCUUAGUAGGUGCAGGGGUGAAGGUCACAGUGGCAGUCGCAGCAGCAGCAGGGGCAGGUGUGGGGACCACCAUCUACAACCGAUACUUGUCGUCAGGCGUAGUGUAGAAGUAGCACCCUUCCGCGCCAGUAGAUUUUGGAUUGCGUUACUCGGAAAAAUUUUGGAAAGUCACGGUGGCUCUCAUGCGUCUAGCAUCCAACAUCUACAACAACCUGGGCUUUAACCAAAAAACAGAGUCGCCGAAAGUUAUUGGGAGACUCAGUAGGCCCGAGACAGGGUGCAGGUCGUCGAAAGUGAUGAACGGGCUCGGCAUGGUUUGCUGCUUGGUGCAAUCGGAGGUGCGCUAAAUUUUUAGCGCUGGAAGCAGAGUCGCCGCGUAUCAGCCGAG